CACAAAUCACCUAGCCUGAGCUGGAAACUGACAGAGAGGACAUUGGCAGUGGCCCCUCUCACACCCCAUCACAUCAACCAUCCUUCACUGAGCAGCCAUGACAUCUCGAAAAACGCAGCAAGAGAUCGAUCGGACCUUCAAGAAGGUCGCGGAAGGCAUCCAAUCCUUCGAGGGCAUAUAUGAGAAGAUCAAGACCACGACUAACCUUGCCCAGAGAGACAAGCUCGAGGACAACCUAAAACGAGAGAUCAAGAAACUACAGCGAUUUCGUGACCAGAUCAAGACAUGGGCUUCCGGAAACGAGGUGAAGGACAAAGGUCCGCUUCUAGAACAGCGGAGAGCUAUUGAAACUUGCAUGGAACAAUUCAAAGCUGUCGAGAAGGAGAUGAAGACGAAAGCCUAUUCGAAAGAGGGAUUAUCAGCCGCCGCAAGAUUAGACCCCAAGGAAAAGGAGAGAGUGGAAACCUGCGAGUUUCUCUCGUCGAUGGUGGAUAUUCUUCAGCAGAAGAUAGAGGCUAUGGAGGCCGAGGAGGAGAUGCUACAAGCUACAAUGAAGAAGGGCAAAAAGGACGCGUCGAAGGCAACCAGAUUAGCGGACAUCUCGAGGAUAUCGGAACGGCAUAAAUGGCACGUCGCGAAACUGGAGCUGUUACUUCGAUCAUUACAAAACGGAAAUGUGGAAACGGGUCAAGUUAUCGAUAUCAAAGAAGCCAUAAAAUAUUACGCUGAAGACGGUCACAAUGCAGAUUUUUGCGGCGAAGACGAGACAAUAUAUGAUGAUAUCGAACUUGGAGACGACGAAGCUCAAUUCGGCAUGGGUCUAGACAAUGAUCGUGUGUCCUCACAAGACACCCAAUCGAUACAAGAGGACGACCAGUCGGAGGUACGAAGAGGGAAAGCGGAUACCGGUCCUCCAAGACGCUCGUCAACACAAACGAAAUCGCCUCUAUCGGCCCUCGCAACGCUUAACCUCAAUGGACAGUCAUCCACGCCGGCCCCCACCAUGAAACCUGCGCCACCACCAACAAGGUUACCCGGAGAGACUUUGAAAUAUGCUUCUGCGGCGGCCGCUGCCGCUGCAAGCGAUAAGAACGGAGUCGGCAUAGCUCCUUUACCCCCGCCGCCUGGGGCAAGUCCUGCAAUAUCCAACGCACAACCGGUUUCGAAACCCCCGUCUUCUGCAUCGCCUCAAGUAGCACCCGCGCAACCCGUACAAAGAUUGAUAUCCAACGCUGCCAACUCUGAUGACUUGAGCAACCAGUCUAAAUCUCCGACUUUGAGCAGCGUCGCGGCGAGCCGGCCAGGCACUGUGCCACCUACACCCGCGAUCACCAAGGCUGAAACGACAACACAGAAGCAGCAACAACCGCAACAACAACCACAGCCACAGCCACAGCCGUCGAAGGAUCGCCCUAUAGCCAACGGUGAAAAGAAGGAAGAAUCGAAUGCCGAAGAGUCUGUCUAUCACCUGCCACCCGGCCUUCAAGACUUGAUACACUCCUUCGAGGCUACGAAGUCCAGAGCAACUGCACCUCAGUCCGGAUCAACGCAACGAUUACUAGUAGCGAGUCAUAAUACGUGCCCAGAACCGAGCGAUGCCGAGAAGCCACGCCACUACAAGCCUCAAACACCUUACAACACCCCACUUUACUACCCGCAGGACGUGCUUCCCAUCUUCGAUGACCCACGGCUCUACGAAAAUGGAAGAAUAGAGACAGACACGCUGUUCUACCUAUUCUAUUAUCGUCAGGCGACGUAUCAACAAUACCUAGCUGCCAAAGCGCUCAAGAACCAAAGCUGGCGGUUCCACAAGCAGUACCAGACAUGGUUCCAGAGACAUGAGGAACCAAAGACGAUUACGGAGGAGUUUGAGCAAGGAACAUAUCGAUUCUUCGAUUAUGAGAGCACAUGGAUGAACCGAAGAAAAGCGGAUUUCAAAUUCGUUUACAAGUUCCUUGAGGACGAUCUCUAAACAGCGGGCUUCGAGCUUUCGUGGGCCCGGCUUAGCUCGCCUUUGGUCUCCCGGCAAAGGGUACGUUUUUGUGAAUGACUUAUUUCUCUCUGCGCCUUGUCUCGUCUUUUUGUUCUCCAAGCCAACAGGGGAAACGGGAACGGUGGUCUUUCGAACUUUCUUGCUCGGUUAAACGCUUGAUUCAGCAAAUUUGGCGCAAGGGCGGGAAACGGAAACGUCCACUGUGUUUUAUUUCUUUUUUUUGAAAGGAGCCCUAGGGUGGAUGGGCACUUUUUCCUCCAUAUCUCUAAGCUCGUGCUCGGAAUUCGGAUUGCGUUGCGUUGUUUCUUCUGUUUUUUGUCUUCCCCAGUCUAAGCUAUCCGGGGUUUCUUGUUCUGCAUGUGCCUCCACCCCAUGGGUCCUGUUUUACCUUGUUGUGAUGACGGAUGCGAAUGCUCCAAAUUUUGUUUCUUGUUUUUCUCUAACACACGUUCCCUUUCCUAACUUGCUCUUGCAUAUGGUUUUAUGAAUGUACAGAGUCAAGACAAGGUAUUUUGCAUCGUGGCCUUUGUAGGUGAUGCCAUCUUUUUUCACAUC